AUGAUUUUACUCCGUGCCUUUUUUCUGGUCCUGUUAUUUUCCUGUCCGACAUCAGGCAGCCCUAUCAACCAGGACCACUUUGAGAUCCCUGAUGACUUUAUGAGUUCUCUGAAUGAUGGAGUUAAUCAAAAUCCAAGCGUCAUCUCUCCGACCGACCCACGCUAUGCAGCGUUUUUGGACUACGCCCAACGUUUAAAUAGCACAUUGAAUUUCAACCUGAACCCUUGUACUGACUUUUAUGACUACGUCUGCAGUCCAAACGAAUUCGCAAUCCAGGACUUGCAAGACUCUGCUACACAAGCUUUACUUAAUGCAUUAAAAAAACCGGCCGUAAGUUUGUCUCUACUAACAAGGAAAGCCCUCCAAUGGGGUAUGAAGGUACAGGCCGAAACAUGCGUGGUGUUACUAAUUUUUACACAUUCUGAGUCAGAAAAAUUUUGCUAUUUUUUGUCCAUACCCUAUAGAAGUACUUUCCUUGUAAAAUGCAACGGUUUCAGGAAUUUGAUGCAACGAGGAAGCUAAAAAAGUAUUUUGAUGCUUGUCUUAGAGAGCCUGAACCAAAAAUUGUGAUUGAAGAUCAAUAUCAGAUUGUCGCAAAAGCCGCAGGUGUACCCUUUCCAGCGUUGUCUGGUAGGCCAGACGCUGUAGACAAGCCCCCAAAACCCACGCUCACAAACCUAUUGCUCGAAGGUAGAAUUGUCAAAGUCGGCAUCGACGAAUUUCCAAAAAAGGUUGAUGGAUAUCUGUACACAGUUUCCCUUUCCGGUCCACUCUUGCUUGAAGCUGACGUACGUCGUAAUUUUUUGGCGAAACAAAUUUUUAGUCCACAUAUCUUGUUCUCAACGAAUGGCCUACAUAUCGACCUACCUUGAAGGAGGAAUUAACCUCGUUCCUGAAGAAGUUAGCAGCCCGGUUACAAUUGCCCGUGGAUGAUUCUGUGUUAUCAAAAGAUGUCGACGAUGUUUUAGAUGUUGAGAAAUACCUCGCAGAGAACGCAGCUAACGACAAAUUUGUGCGUCUUCAAACACCCGUGCAAAGGUGUGUUUCGGAACGUCGUCAAUCGAGGGAAAACAUAGUUGGGGAAACUGAAAAAAAAUUAGAUUUGUCGAUGGUGUUGAUUUCAAACCAACCCCCAAAUCGAGUAUUUGUGAAAAAGGAUCAAAAAAUUGCUGCUUACAGAAAUAAUUCAAAAAAAAGUUACAAUCAAAAAGGAAUGAAUAUGAUUUUCGAAAUCAACGCCCACGAUUAUCCUCUGUAAUUUUUACUUUUCUGAACGCUGAGAAGUCUGGCUCCGACUUUGGGCUCGGGAGCCGGAGCCGCUCAGAGCCGGAGCCAAGAGGCGGCUUCGUAGCUGUGGAAAUCUCUGGCUACCACCCGCGCAGCAAGUCCGGACCAAAAUUUCCGAUCCCGGCUCGGGUGCGGGCCUGCCAAAUUUUAGGAAGCCCGCCCCGGAUAAAAUAGGCGUUUUUGCGAACCCGAUUGAAAAGGUUUACAGAAGACCCUUUCCCCCGAAACCGGCCGCCGCUAGAAAUAAAGUCUCCGCCAAGCCUUCGCCAACGUGUGAAAGAGCCGUCUGAGUUCCCAAUUUCAGCCAGCUUAUGGAUUUCACAAUCGAUGAAGUAAGCGCAAUGUUUCCGUUCUUGGAUAUGCCUACUGUGCUACAAAGUCUAUUGAAGGAUCUUUCCGAAGAGCAAAAAACCCGGUUUUCAUCUGGUAAAGAACGAAUAUUAAUUGGAAUUCCAGAUCGUUUCUCUAAAUUGUCGGACUAUAUAAUGUCAGAUGCAAUUAGUGGGCGAACGCUUUACAAUGUUUUCUAUAUCAGAGCCCUCUAUGCUCUUAAAGACAUGAUCCCCGUUGUUAAUUCUGCUUCUGCAACGACGAGAACGAAUGCAAUCUUCAAACAGCUUGAUCCCACGCCGAACCCUGAAAGAAGAUGCCUAGAAAACGUUGCAUCGAUCCCGAGAGUUAACUUUUUGACUGAUAGGUUAUAUAUAGACAGCCGUAUACCCAACAAGGCCGACCGAGAGGCCAAAUUCUCAGCUGUGGAGAAGAUGAUAAAGCGGAUAAUUGAAGGAUUUCGAGUGAGUUUUGUUUGAACGCGCUUUUCCUCAUGACAUACUGUACGCAUUUAGAUUGAAAUCAAUAAACUAAAUUGGCCUGAAUCAUUUAAAAAAGGCGUAAACACAAAGCUAAACAACAUGCAAAUAAAUGUCGGCUACCCUAGAAGAGUGGACUCUGACGAUUUUUUAAACAAUUUCUACAUGGCAUGGAACGUCACUGAUGGUCACGAAGCUGAGUCCCUGUCACUGUUUACGCAAACGCAAAACAUUUUAAUGCUUUCUCGAACCGAACGCGAUCGAACAGACUUCACGGGCUCUGUAAAUGAAGUAAACGCAGCCAACAAUCCAUAUAGGAACUCAAUCAACGUCUAUGAUGCGAUUCUGUAUCCUCCCAAUUUUCGGUCGGAUUAUCCUGCCGCAGUUAACCACGGAGCAAUCGGAUUUGCACUUGCCCAUGAGAUUGUUCACAGCUUCGAUAAUAGUGGAGUGGAAUACGAUGACCAAGGAUACGUAAAUCCGUGGCUGGAUCCGGAGAGCAAAGCAUUGUUUGAUUCGAUGGAACAGUGCGUAAUCGACCAAUACAACACCUUCAAAACUUCGCAAGGUUGGCCUAUAGACGGGAAAUUCACCGCCGGCGAAAACAUUGCGGAUAAUGGAGGUGAGUGGUGUCUGUUGCUGUACGAAAUCUUCAGGCAUCCGUGCUACCUUCAACGCCUACAAGAAGCAUCAAUCACUGUUUGGAGAGGACCCCAGGUUGCCCAUUGAUCGAGUUUCCAGCUUCACCAAUGACCAGUUGUUCUUUAUCGGUAUGACAAAACCAUGGUGUGGCCGAGAGAACCCGACAAAAUUAAAGCUAUACUCCGACGAACAUGCUCCCUAUAGAACUAGAGUUCUUGGUGUAUUACAAAACUUUCCUCAAUUCAAAAAAGCAUUCAAUUGUAAGGCAGAUGAUUUAUACGCCCAGAAACACUGUAAUGUAUAUACCGUGGAUGAUCAUGACUGUUAACCCUUUGAGAAUAAACUGACUUAUUUCAACCGUGCUCUGCAACAUAACAUAACAUAAAUUUAAAGGAAUUUCUGAUAUAGGUAUCAUCACAAGCAUAGACAUGUAAGAUAAUAACGCUUGCCUUUGACCAAUAAAAUCCAUUUCCUUCCUAAGAAGACACACUGAAUUUUGCCAAUGCAUGGAAGUUAUUCUAUGUAUGCAAGGAUCCAGUCACCACCGCCUUCAUUGAUUCCUUCCAGUCCACGUUUGUUCGGUAGUACGGAUACGUUGGAGAAGAUCAAACCACGAAAAAUUCUUUUGUGGAAUUUUGAUUGAUUUCAAUGGAUACAAAGUGGACGGCGAAGGGUCUAAACGAGCCAAGAAACACGUGGGAUUGCCGUGCUCUGGGAUGCCCGAUGAAUUUUCUUGUCUGACUAUUUGAACUACGUUCAAUCAUCAGUGUGUGGACCGACCAAGCUUCCACGAUUUUACCACAAGAAACUCUUACGCUUUUUCAAAAGUGCAGACACAUUUUCCGGCCGUUUUUGCACCGCACAGUGCAAGUUUCGUGUUCCCCGCGCGACGCGAUCCUUUUCGAAACAUUUUGCACUGUGCAAUUUUCAAUUCAAAGAAAAGCUUGCGUCGCAGCGAUAUCCGGUUGCACAGUGCAAAAGGUCAAAAUGCACCCCGCAAAAGGGAGUUUUGUGCACGGUGCGGCCCGCGACAAAAUGUGUCUGCACUUUUGAAAAAGCGUAAUACCUUCAUUUAUUAAAAUUUGAUUAAUUUUUCCGUGAGUUUUUACUAUAAAACGCCCCCUGAAUAAAUCACUUGACUCUAGAGCUCUCGCCUUGGUUCGUUACUUUAGUUACCAGACCUUUCGACAUUUGUGAAGUUCUGCGGCUAUCAACACUUUUCAUGAACUCCUUUGAUGUGUGAACUAAGCACGAUAACUUAUUAAAAAAACAUCGUUUUGGAAAGAGAUUUUUCUGUAACCGUUCCGAUAGUAAAACAAAACGCCGCUUAUUAUUGGCCAAACAAUAGAGAACGAAAAACGUCUAUACCGACAAACGAACAGAUACGAAAAUCAUAGAUAAAAGAAUCGUACGCUUUUCAAAUGUCGUCGUCAAUGUAUUACUUUUCUUUACUGUUUCUGUUCGUUUCGUAAACGUUUUAGGCCUAUAAAAGGCUUGGGCACAAUCAGCGUUUUAAAGCUUGUCUUUAUGAAGUUUCUAGGAUUGUCGCUUGUCAGCGUGCUUAUACUUUGUCAUAACUCUAACGUGAUAUCCAGUCCGGCCAAGGAAAGCAAAUUCGAGACCUAUGACGAUUUCGUGCAGUCUAUGAACGAAGCUGUAAAUCCCAGCCCUCCAAUUAUUGCGCCUACAGAUCCACGCUUCCCCCUUUUCAUGGGCUACGCAUGGGGCCUGAAUGCAACGUUAAAUUUUACUCUUAAUCCGUGCACGAAUUUCUAUGAAUACGUUUGCUCUCCAGGUGAAGAUCCAAGGGAAUCGCUCUUACGAAAUUCCAACGAUGCUAUCUUCAAAGGAUUGAAGAAGCCCGCGGUAAGUGCAGUGGUUUGCUAUAAGAUCUGACCGUGAGGGCCCAGAUGAAAAAAAAAUCCUUUCAGAAGUUCGAUGCCAUGAAGAAACUGAAGCAAUAUUUCGAUGAUUGCGUCGCGGGGUCAUCGUCGAAGGAAAUGGUUGAGGAAACUUACAAUAUUACAAAGGAGACUUUAGGGAUGGACUUCCCAGCGUUAUCGGGAGAUGCAGCCAAAAUUGAGAAACCAUCAAGAGCACAGAUCUCAAAAAUUGCGAAUUUUGGUGGCCUCAUUUCUAUACAUACGGACGAAUUUCUUAGAAAGAAUAGUUUUGUAAAAACGCUCGGGAUAUCAAGCGAGUCAGUGUUGGAAGAAGGCGUAGGUUACCCUAUAAUAACACGCAACUUUUAGUAUUUUUAUUCAUACCGGUACGAGUGGGACGAAUUUAGGCCAACUCUGAAAGCCCAACUUUCCGUGUUCUUGAAGAACUUGUCCAAGUAUUUGUCUCUGCCAAUGGAUGCCAGCAUAAUUGAGCGAGACAUUGAAGACAUACUUAAUGUUGAGAAAUAUGUGGCAGACUACGCAGGAGUUGACAGAAUUUUGAGGAAAAGUACAGCACCGCAAAAGUAAAGAGAACUAAUGUAAAAAAUUUCUGUUUCAGUUUGAAAUUGACGUUAACUAUUGGCGAAGCAAGUCAACGGUUUCCAUUUCUGGAUUUCCAAAGCGCAGUUCUCGAUUAUCUAGAGGAAGAGACUGACGAAUUAAAGGCCCGUUUCAGCUCUGAAAAGGCGGAGAUCAUAAUUGGUCUACCAGAUCGGUUCGCAAAUCUUUCUUCUUAUGUUCUAUCAAACGCGAUAACCGGAAGAACAUUGUACAACUACAUGUUUCUACAACGGAUGUAUCCUUUGAAAGAUAUGCUGCUACAACCCAACUCUAUUUUGAUCAAGCAGAAGGAGUCUCGCGACAGUGUUGCAGUGAAUGUUUCUCCUCCCGAACACACGUGCUUCAGCAGCCUAAUACAGACACCUAUCCUAUACCCUUUGUUAGACCGACUAUACAUCGAUGAACGAAUACCGAAUAAAGAAGAGCGCCGUACGAAAUUUUCCUACGUUACACAAAUGGUGAAAGAGAUCGUUGAAGGGUUUAGGGUAAGCCGUACUGCAACUUGUUUGCGUCAUGAUAUAAACCAAGAAUUUUUAGUUGGAGAUAAGCAAGAUGAAGUGGCCCGAGACGUUCAAAAAACACGUUGAUAUUAAAUUAAACAAUAUGCAGAUAAAUGUUGGCUACCCUACAAAGGUUGAUUCUGAUCAGUUCCUCAAUGACUAUUACUCUGAAUGGAACUUAACUGAUGCCAAUCCGAUUCAGUCAUUAAACAUAUUCGACGAAAUUCAAAGCGCAAAGGAAAUGAUGACAUCUGAGCGCGAUCGCACAGAUUUUUCGCGCCGCAUCGCGUCUGAGUUUAACGCAUUCAACAAUGCGGGCAGAAAUUCCAUAAAUAUAUUGGACGGAAUUCUGUACCCUUACCUUUACCACGUGCAAUAUCCAGCAGCAGUGAAUUACGGAACGUUGGGAAGUGUAAUUGCGCAUGAAAUCGUCCACAGCUUCGACAUAACCGGCGUUGAAUUCGAUGAGCAAGGUUAUCUUAAUUCGUGGCUUGACCCCGAAAGCAAACGACUUUUUGAUUCUAUGGCUGAGUGUGUCAUUAACCAAUACAACGCAAUGACGACUCCACAAGGUUGGCCUAUUGACGGCAAAUUAAGCGCCGGCGAAAACAUUGCAGAUAAUGGAGGUAGGAAUAACACUAUGUUUUCCAUAACGUUAGCUGAAAAUGAAAAGUACACACAGAAGGCAACAACACAUCUUUGUUGUUACAAUUCCAGGUAUUCACGGCGCUUUCAAUGCUUAUAAAGCACACCAAGCCCAGGUCGGUGAGGACCCGCGAUUACCUAUUGACAGAGUUUCUGGACUUACCAAUGAUCAACUUUUCUUUAUCGGAUUUGGAAAGUUCUUUUGCAAUGCCGGGAUACAAACUAAGCUUGAGUUAUACUCUGAUGUACAUGCCCCGAAUAAGAACAGAGUUAUUGGCGCGCUACAAAAUUCCAAUGAAUUCAAAAAAGCGUUUAAUUGUAAACCUACAGACUUGUAUGCUCAAAAACACUGUGAUGUGUAUACUGUGAGCGAUCAUGAUUGUUAACCUUUGAGAAUAAACUUUGAGCUUCCAUUAUUGUUGCUAUGAAAACCAACGGAAUUUUGCCAAUACGCAGAAGUUCACCAGAAGUCAGUUUGAUGCUAUUUAGUAUCCUUCACUGUGUAAUGGUGAAGGAAUCGUGUUAGCCUAAGGGUCGAAGGACAAUAAAUAUAGGUUUAUUAUAAGAUAGAAGUAACAAGAAAUAAACACCGAGAUAACAUUCACUGAAUAACGAUAAAUAACGACUGAAGUCCUAUUUACCUUCCAAGCUUCGAGAAGCUUCGAAUGACACGGAAUGCCAAUACAGUAAUCGUAGUUUACGUGUCGGGAUGCAAAGUGGACGGCGAAGGGUCUAAACGAGCCAAGAAACACUUGGAAUUGCCGUGCGCCGGAAUAUCCGAUGCAUUUUCUUGUCUGACUGUUUCAACUACGUUCAAUCGUCAGUGUGCGGACCGACCAAGCUGCGAGGAUCCUCAUAAGAGACUACCUUCAUUUAUUAUACUUUGAUUUGACUUUUUUACGUGAGUUUUUCCCAUAAAACGCCUUCUUUCCCCUGAAAAAUCACUUGACUCUUGAGCUCAAGUCUUGGUUUGUUACUGGGUUACCAGACCUGUCGGCAUUUGUGAAGUUCUGCGGCUAUCACACUUUUAAUGAACUUCUUUGAUGUGUGAACUAUGCACGGUAACUCAAAAAAAACCCCGUCGUUUUGGAACGAGAUCUUUCUGUAACCGUUCUGAUAGUAAAACAAAACGCCGCUUAAUAUUGGCCGAACAAUACAGAACAAAAGACGUCUAUACCGACAAACGAACAGAUACGAAAAUCAUAGAUAAAAGAAUCGUACGCUUUUCAAAUGUCGUCGUCAAUGUAUUACUUUUCUUUACUGUUUCUGUUCGUUUCGUAAACGUUUUAGGCCUAUAAAAGGCUUGGGCACAAUCAGCGUUUUAAAGCUUGUCUUCAUGAAGUUUCUAGGGUUGCUGCUUGUCAGCGUGCUUAUAUUUCGUCUUAAUUCUGAUGCACUAUCCAGUCCGGCCAAGAAAAGCGAAUUCGAGACCUAUGACGAUUUCGUCCAGUCUAUGAACGAAGCUGUAAAUCCCAGCCCUCCAAUUAUUGCGCCUACAGAUCCGCGUUUCCCCCUUUUCAUGGGCUACGCAUGGGGCCUGAAUGCAACGUUAAAUUUUACUCUUAAUCCGUGUACGGAUUUCUAUGAAUACGUUUGCUCUCCAGGUGAAAAUCCAGGCGCAUCGCUCACACGACUUUCCAACGAUCUUAUCUUCCAAGGAUUGAAGAAGCCCGCAGUAAGUGAAAUUACAGUGGCUUGCUAUAAGAUCUGACCGUGAGGGCCCAGAUGAAAAAAAUUCCUUUCAGAAGUUCGAGGCCAUGAAGAAACUGAAGCAAUAUAUCGAUGAUUGCGUUGCGGGCUCAUCGUCGAAGGAAAUUGUUGAGGAAACUUACAAGAGCGCAAAGGAGACUUUAGGGAUGGAUUUCCCAGCGUUAUCGGGAGAUGCAGCCAGAAUUGAAAAACCAUCAAGAGAACAGAUCUCAAAAAUUGCGAAUUUUGGUGGUCUCAUUUCUAUAUAUACGGAAGAAUUUCCUAGAAAGAAUAACUUUGCAUACACGGUUGGGAUAUCAAGCGCGUCAGUGUUGGAAAAAGGCGUAGGUUGCCAUGUUAUAACACGCAACUUUUAGCUUCUUUAUUCAUACCGGUACGAGUGGAACGAAAUUAGGCCAUUUCUUAAAGUCCAACUUAUCGACAUUUUAAAGAACUUGUCCAAGUAUUUAUCAAUGCCAAUGGAUGCCGGAAUAAUUGAGCAGGACAUUGAAGACAUACUUAAAGUUGAGAAAUAUUUGGCAGACUAUGGAUCGAACGACCCAAUUUUGCAGAAAAAAACAGCAGUGCAAGAGUAAAAGAAAACGAAUGUAAAAAAUAUGUUUUAGUAUAAAAUUGACGUUAACGAUUGGCGAAGCAAGCCAAAGAUUUCCAUUCCUGGAUUUCCAAAGCGCAAUUCUCAAUUAUCUAAACGAGGAGCCUGACGAAGUGAAGGCCCGUUUCAGCUCUGAAAAGGCAGAGAUCGUAAUUACUCUACCAGAUCGGCUUGCAAAUCUUUCUUCUUAUCUUCUAUCAAACGCGCUAACCGGAAGAACGUUGUACAACUACAUGUUUCUAAAACGGAUGUAUCCUUUGAAAGAAACGCUGCUACCAUCCAACUCUGUUCUGAUCAAGCAGAAGAAGCUUCGCGACGGUGUUGCAAUUAAUUUGUCUCCUGCUGAAGAAAUCUGCUUCAACCGACUAAUAUCCGACGAGUCGUCAAUCCUAAAUCAUUUGUUAGAUCGAAUAUACAUCGAUGAACGAAUACCGAAUAAAGAAGAUCGCCGAACAAAAUUUUCCUACGUUACACAAAUGGUGAAGGAGAUCGUUGAAGGGUUUAGGGUAAGACAAAUUACAACUUGUUUGCGUCAUGAUACAUAUGUGGGACGUUACUUAUAAAUUUCAGCACGCUAGUCCAUCGGAACCCCGCGGAUUUAAUAGUUUUAGUAAAUUCGGUCCAUCCCGCUAGGUGUAAAAAUUUUUGCUCCACGAAAUCUUUUUUACAUGAAUGCCUGUAAAAUACAGCCGUAAUCAUAAUUGAAAGCCAGGAAAAAAAACAUGAAGAAAAACUUGAUAACAAAAAAUUUUGACAGGCAAAUGUGAAAUCACAGGGCGCAAAUUGCGGCGCCUAGCCUAGUCCCGAAAAUUUGUCACGAUGACACCCGUUUAAAACGUGCCAGUGUAUUAAAAACGGUUGUAAAUGACUACUAGCACUCCCCAGUGUACCCUUAAAAAGACACCAGGUUCAAAACUUUCGCUCAUCCAAACGAUGAAGUCUGGAUGAUGCAUUUUCUGGAUUUUUUUGGCGGCGAGAAAAAUAAACAUGCAUUUUUUCUGGCUUUUAAUUAUGAUUACAGCUGUAUUUCACAGUCUUCAAGUGUUUUAGCCAUUUGCGCGGAGUCAACCAUGUUUUAACAUCGUUGAUUUUUGUUUUUUGUUGACCCCUUGAAAAUCGCAGUCCGUUUUUUUGAUAGAUUUUGCGCUAGCGUUGGUUAUUUUGACAUUCUAAAGCACAUUUAGGAUGUCGAAGAUAAAUGAGUAUUAUCAAAUAGACGGGUUCGUCUUGAGAACUGGCUGAAUUUAACCAAUAACUCUUAAAAAUACCUAGUACAAUGUAAGAAAAUGCCUGAACUGGCAGUUCUGUAAAACAUUUCCUCCUCCGCCCGAAAAAUCUCAACAGUAAGCAAUGUAAAAAUACAGGGUGAGACUUCAAGUCCCAAAACUUGACUAUUUUUGGUUAAAAAAGGUUAACUGUGGACUAAAUCCGCGGGGUUUGGAUGGACCAGCGCGCAGAAAUUGUAAGUAACGUCCCAUAUAUAAACCAAGAAAAUUUUAGUUGGAGAUAAACAAGAUGAAGUGGCCCGACACAUUCAAAACCCACGUUGGUACUAAAUUAAACAAUAUGCAGAUAAAUGUUGGCUACCCUACAAAGGUUGAUUCUGAUCAGUUCCUCAAUGAUUUUUACUCCGAAUGGAACUUAACUGAUGGCAAUUCGAUUGAGUCAUUAAAAGUAUUCCAGAAAAUUCAAAGGGCAAAAACAUUGAUGAAAUUGGAGCGCGACCGCACAGAGUUCGCAGGCCGCGCGUCUGAGUUCAACGCAUACAACCGUCCGGAUAGAAAUUCCAUAAAUAUAUUAGACGGAAUUCUGUACCCUCACAUUUACCACGUGCAAUAUCCAGCCGCAGUGAAUUACGGAACGUUGGGAAGUGUAAUUGCGCAUGAAAUCGUCCACAGCUUUGACAUAAGGGGCGUUGAAUUCGAUGAGCAAGGUUAUCUGAAUUCGUGGCUCGACCCUGAAAGCAAACGACUUUUUGAUUCUAUGGCUGAGUGCGUCAUUAACCAAUACAACGCAAUGACGACUCCACAGGGUUGGCGUAUUGACGGCAACUUCAGCGCCGGCGAAAACAUUGCAGAUAAUGGUGGUAAGACUAAUAGAAUCUGCAGGGUCGUAGCUACGCCAAAAUCACAUCUUUGUUGUUGUAAUUCCAGGUAUUCACGGCGCUUUCAACGCUUAUAAAGCGCACCAAGCCCAGGUCGGUGAGGACCCGCGAUUACCUAUUGACAGAGUUUCUGGACUUACCAAUGAUCAACUUUUCUUCAUCGGAUUUGCAAAGUUCUCUUGCAAGCCCGGAAUACAAAAUAAAUUUGAGUUAUAUUCUGAAUAUGCCCCGAGUAAGAACAGAGUUAUUGGCGUGCUACAGAAUUCCAAUGAGUUCAAGAAAGCCUUUAAUUGUAAGCCUACAGACUUGUAUGCUCAAAAACACUGUGAUGUAUAUACUGUAAGCGGUAAUGAUUGUUGACAUAUAAAUAAAUUUCUUUCUUUUACCCCAGGGUGUUCAGAGAAUUAUGGAAAAAACUAUUCAUUAAUAACUUUGCGCUCGGUGGUCCAAUCCGAAAAAUUUUUUUGGCAUUUUACAGAAAAACCUUGGAGUUUUUAGAAUCUGAAAAAAUUUUUUUUUCUUUUAUCGGCGGAGACUUCCGUAAUCCGCGUUGAAUUCGUUGGAGUGUUUUUUCACAAAAUAAGGCUGUAAAUCGUUGUAUUUAAGAGCGAAGGAAUAAGAAUUUUUUCUCGAGCUCGAGAAUAUUUGCUGGAUUCGCUACCAAUUUCAAAAAGUAACGAAAUGAUCGAUUUGCGACGUGGUCUCGGUAGCGAAUCCUUCUUUUCGCGACCUCCGAAAAAAGUCGGUCGCGAAUCGGCGUUUUCGCUACCUCCACGAGAGAGGAGGUAGCAAAACGGCGUUUUUGCGACGGCACGGAAUUGGGAGGUAGCAAAUCCGCGGAUUUGCGACGUCUCAAAUACAUAUAAACUCCGCCCCCUGAGUUUUGCAGCCAACCACCGCGUUUUGGCCUUUUUUGACAAAAAAAUACCAUUUAUGGUGAAAAAUUUUGCUUGUAAAUCGUACAUUUACGAAAUUAUGAAAGAAAAACGUCUUCUUCGUUAAAAUAUUUAUUAAUAAAAGACGUACAUUUUCGUAUAAAAUAUGCGUUUUUUUACAACAUUGUCCAAGCAUUGCCGGAGAGUUGGAUGGAACUGAAGAACAUGAAGAACAUGUUUUGCCAGAUAUGGCCGGAGUCGAGGGAUGGAUCAUGACCGCCAAAUUACCUUCCUGGAAAUCAAAAGCAACGUAAAAUUUCCUUAUCAUUUUCAGAAAAAAACACCUUCAUUUACCUCAUAUUGCAUGUGUCUAAUCCGAGCAUCGAAAUGGGCACAGUUUUGAGCAAAAAUACGGCCGACGGGAGUGAAACCGUAAUUCCAUGUAAUAAUUUAUUACCUAAAAACAGAAUAAGAAUACUUAAAUCCAAUCUUACCUCCUUUAGCAACUACCACUUGGCCAUUCCCUUGUUCGAUUUCAUUAUUUCUGCCUCCUGUAAACGAUUUAUAAGGCUCUUGCCUAGAAAAAAAUUGGAAAUCUCGUCUAAAAUCAAAAAAUAAUAAAAGAAACAGCUUACCAUGGAGUCAAAACGCCUUGUAUGUCCGCCAAUUUCGUCCCCGAUGUUUAUGGCGAUCACCUUGAGCCGGUUUAUCUUCUAAUUCAGCUUCUCUGCAUCAAUUUGGCCAAUUUCAACAAAAAGAAACAUAAGAACACAGGAAAAAAAAAGAAUUUAUGAAGUUGCAAAUGUUUUCGCGGCCCGUAAAAACGAAAUGCCACGCAGUCCGAGAACGGAUUUUAGGUCCAAUAACAAGGAUGUCUUCGGCCUUAUCAAUCAAAUCAACCGUUUUUUGGCCAUGGUAAGCUGUUUUGUUAUUAUUUUUUGACUUUAGACGAGAUUUCCAAUUUUUUUAUAUUAUUCAUGGCAAGAGUCUUACAAAUCGUUUUCAGGAGGCAGGAACAACGAAAUCGGACAAGGGAAAAGCCGUGUGGUAGUUGCUAAAGGAGGUAAGAUUUGAUUUAAGUAUUAUUAUUCUGUUUUUAGGUAAUAAAUUGUUGCCUGGAAUUCGGUUUCACUCCAGUCGGCCGUAUUUUUGCUCAACAUUAUGUCCGUUUCGAUGCUUGGAUUAG